AUGCUCCGCGACGGUACGGCCAUGACUUCGCGCAUAGCACCGGUCGUCCCACGUGCCCCAAGCAUCGGGGCCAACUCAGUCCGACCAGUAACCCCGAGACACUUUGGAUUGAGAGGAGCGAGCCCCGGGGCUGCCUUGAUCCGGAGCACCAGUCCAAUGUCAUUGAGCAUUCGGCCGCCAAGCCCGCGGUCGAUGAUAGCACGGAGCAUAAGCCCCGGGAGCACGCUACUCGACGCAGCAAAGCAUCAGGAUGCAAAGACUGUUAAACUGCAUGUCUCAAUGACAAAUUCAUCUGCAGCACACCAGCAGCAGGGACAGACCACCGCGCUCAUGCAUGCGGCCGAACAGGGCUACUAUGAUAUUGCAAAGCUGCUUGUGGAUAAGGAGGCGGGUUGCGUUGAUUCAUAUGGAUGGACUGCUACAAUGCAUGCCGCAAGGAAUGGCCAUGCAGAGAUUGUCAAGAUUUUAUAUAAAAAGGAAGCAUGCCACAUAUCAAAGAGUCACAUGACUGCGAUGCUCUAUGCAGCCGUCAACGGACACGGCGAUAUAGUUCAGAUUUUGUAUGACUCGGAGAACGAGAUAUCAACAACGUUUGGCUGGACAGAUCUUAUGUAUGCCGCCGCUACCAAUGACGUAGACCUUGCGAGGGCACUUGCACCGAGACUAGCAGGAAAAAAACUGAAGUUCGGAUCGACUGCACUCAUGAUAGCAGCCACGUCGGGUCACAUAGACAUUGUGAAGUUGGUGUACGAGAAGGAGUCAGGUCUGGCAGACUCAUUUGGGUGGACUGCCUUGAUGUUUGCAGCACGGGCCGGCCACUACGACAUAUGCGAAUUGCUGAUUGACAAAGAGUCUUGCAUGAGGUUAGAGUCUGGACGCACGGCUCUCAUGUGCGCCGCACAGAAUGGCCACUGUAAUAUCGUACGCCUGCUUGCUCAGCGGGAAGGAAGCAUACGUGACAGAACAGACAAGACAGCUCUCAUGUUGGCGAUGGAGGCGGGUCAUCCAGACGCCGCAAAGUGUCUGCUCAGUUGCGAAGCGGACAUCAGCCACGCUGCAGGCUGGACUCCCUUGAUGUACGCAACUAUUGCUGGCGAUCGAGAGAUAGUUGAAAUGCUGAUGGAGAAAGAGGCCGGACGAAAGAAUGCAUGCGGGCACACAGCGCUGAUGUACGCUGCACUUUGCAAUCACUCAAUUAUUGUGUCGCUUCUUGUUAACAGAGAAGGCCACAUGACAGACGGGCAAGGCCGGACCGCCCUGAUGUUUGCUGCACAAGUGGGCGCUGAAGAGGCCUUGUCCAUGCUUGAUGUCGAGGCAGGAAUACGAGAUAAGACAGGGCAGAGUGCGCUGAUGCGCGCAGCAUCAAGAGGAUACCUCAAUAUUUGCAGGACUCUUAUGGAUGAAGAAGCGUGUCUAACCGAUGCACACGGAAAGACGGCGCUCAUGCAUGCCGCAGACGCUAAUCAAUCAGACAUAGUAUCGUUACUUUUGAUGUAUGAGUGCUGCCGGAAGGACAAGACAGGAACUUCAGCUCUCAUGUAUGCAGCAAAGGCUGGAUGCGCUAUCGCAACAAAGCUUCUUCUUGACAAGGAAAAAGGAACCACGGACAAAUAUGGAAGGACUGCUCUUAUGUUGGCCGCCGCUGCAGGAAGACUGGACUGCGUAGACCUACUUAUUCACCAUGAAUCUCAGCUCAGGGAUUCAUCAGGAUACACUGCCCUCAUGCAUGCAGCGAUGCACGGGCAUCUCUCUUGUGUGAUGGCUUUGGUCCCUUAUGAAGGCCACAUAAGAAACAAGUGUGGGAAGACCUAUCUAACUGUGGCUUUAGAAGAAGGCCAGGUUGAAGUGCUAACUGUUCCCAUCCUCCUACGACUGGACAAUGUAGACGUCAUGAAUAGAGAUGAGCAUAUGACAAAUAGUGGGCCGAGCGUCGAGCUGCGGAGCCCAAGCUAUGCACUGGGAGGAAGUCUUUCUGGUGCGUCUCGGGGCUUGCCUGGCGCCGUGGAGACUCAUGGGGGACACACUAGGCCAAUGAGUAACAUAGACUCCAAGCUCUUAGCCUCCAUAACAAGCGAAAUGGCUGAGCUGAAGGAGCGCGAUGAGCGGCGUGACACAGACAUACAGAUACUGAAAAACAUACUCUCAGCGAAGGAUAGCGAGAUAGGAGUCAUGAGAGAGCGUUUACAACAAAAGGAUAAGGAGCUCCGGGAGAUCACGGUCAAUAUGGAGCAGAUGAAAGAAGCAAUUGUACUCUUACAAGAACAAAUCGCAACAUUAGCUGUUUCUAAUGCUUCAGCAAAUAAUUCGGUAGUUAAUAUGAUGACUGAAAGCGUAUUUCUCAAUGAGCAGGAGUCUAAGUGA